AUGGCAAGUGUAUGUUCCGUGAGCACAGACCGCGAAGCAUCCGAGACGACUCGAACUGUAUUCGUUUGUGGAUUUAUUGCCAAGCGAUGGCACAACAGCUCACUGCAAGCCGUCAUCCAGGAUCUAGUUCCGGAAUACUACGUAGCAUGUAAUGCCGAGAACUGGGAUGAGGACGCACCGACGCGUUCGCUACUGAGAAAUGCCGAAGCGAUGCUUUUCUUCGUCAACGAGUUCACUCUUGGAGACAAAAACUGCUUGAUGAAUCUACAAUACGCUUGGCAUCUUAUGGUGCCAAUAAUCGUGCUUCGACCUCCACGAACCAAACUUGUUAUCUGCAAACGAGAACAGACCUACGACAACAUCGUAGUUGAUGAAAAUGGUUCCAUAGUGAAAAGACCAAGCAGUCGAUGGUCUUUGUCAGACGAUGCAUUUGCGGAAACUGUUGAUUAUAACCUACUACAGGACGUUCUCCAUGAGCCUUGUGAAGAAAAACCGUUAAAGGGUUACAAACUAUCACUUGUCUACGAUCGCCAAGACCACCCAGGUUCAAUGAGGAAAAUUAUCGAGAGACUGCGCCAAGUAAUGCGACCCACGCUUCGUCGUGGUUCCCAGCAGACUCCUGCAUUUUACUUGUCUCCAUCAAACGGUCCUGAACUCAUCGAACGCGCCUUCUAUGAUGGAGAAAUCACAACUGAACGAGCUGAAAAAUAUUGCACAGAGUUAACAGACCGACAACUUCGCGUAACACGUAGUUUGGGUAACUUAGAAAACAAGGUCGAGUCUCACUAUCCAAGGACACCACAUCCAAACAGGAAUGGAAGCUUCUCUACUAGAUCCUUCAAGGUCCCACCCAUCGAGGUGAACAAGGACGACGACGAAAAUCCUGCCAGUGGUCAACAUUCGGCGACAAACUCAGCGAAUCAUCCACCCUCCACUGUGAGCAGAGCUUCCUCACGGGAUGGAAGAAUGAGCAUGGGAAGCCUUGAUGAUGUCAACAGCUUUCAAGAAACACAAUAUCUUGUGUUCCCUAUUCGGAACACAACCAAUAAACCUAAGCUUAUAAAGUUCCCAGAAGAUUUGAUGGAAGAGGGUGCCGACCAGAACAAUAGCGUCUGGGGCUCAGAGUCCAGCCUCGAGGAAAACGAUACUGAGGUAGCUAUGAAAAUCAAUGGCGGAAUUUCGAUAGACGAUGACGAGGAGGAAUCACAGAUAGGAUCACCAGCUCCAUACAUCGGUGAUCUGUAG